AUGUACAUAUUGGCAUGUCCAUUGCAAGAAAAUAUUACUUUAAGAUAUGUGGCACCAAAAUCACCAAAGAUUAUAUGCGAAGGAGAUUUGUCGGAUUCCGAGGAAGGGCUUCGUGGUGAGGAACGGAAGCAACGAAGUCGUCUGCAGCAGCUUCAUCUACAAAUAGAAGAGCUUCGAGAAUUAAAUUUACCAACGAAACAAACAGAAGAAGAGUUGUGGGAUGUACAGACUGCAAUCACAAUGCUUAGCAGAAAACUCAAAAGUAUACGUAUGGAAAAUUCGGGAAAAAUCAAAACACGAAAAAAUGAUGGUCCAACUCCAACAUUGGAAAUGUUUGAAGAGAAGCAAUUACUAGCCGCUUGUACAGCUCUACGCGAGGACAUCGCUCGUCAUAAAUUAGAAAUAAUCGCGCUGGACCAAUGUUUAAAUGCCAUGGAAAACAAAAGUUUCGAAACUUUAAAAAACAUCGACGACGAGUAUGGGGAGGAAUACUGGAGGGAUGAAUGCUUAAAAGAAGAAAAGGAACGAGAUAAUUUGUUGUCCGAAAUAGUUUCACUUCGAAAUGCUUGUUGCCAGUUACGAGCUCAGAUUGAACUAAAUGCUGUUAAAAGGCUCACAUUACUAGUUACAAGAUUUUAG